AUGAAUGAGAAUGAACAGUUUAUUUACUCAUCACCAAGAAAUGGCGAUCGAGUGAUACUAUUAUAUCAUGAAGAAUAAUUUGAAAGCUAUGAUGAAUUGGAGUUAAAUCCUGAACCAAUCAAGCAAAUUAUCGAUAUCAAUAAUGAUGAAAGUUUGCCUACUCCUGGGAACAGUCGAGAUUAUUGCGACGAAUUUAGCAAUGACAGUUCGAACCAUCUAAGGAAAAAUUCAGCUUUAGCCCAUUCCUAUAUUGAUAAGUAUAUGAAUCAGAGUAUGAAACCCUAUCAAAGGGGAGGUUAUGAUAGCGCAAUCAUGGCAUCUGCAUAGGAUCUUAUGAAUUAAAAUAAUAACUAGGAGCAUAUUUAGUCGAUCAAAGCUGGAAGAUAAAGUAAAAUUUUAUACUCUAAUAGAUUUAGUAAAAACAAGACCGCAAUCAACCAUUCGAUCUAACGAGAUAAGAUACAAGUCAAUGAAGAAUCAAACCAAUAAUUUCCAACUAAAUAGUCAAAGCACUGGCUAUAUUUUUGA